UAUUGUUUACAAAAAAAGUAAUAGUAUAAUACAAAAUGGUUAAUAAAGAUUGGGAAAAGGUUUCACCGCCAUUGUCGGUGCCUGUUCUAAACUGUAUUAAAAAGCAGGGCUUCAAAUGUAUGACUCCGAUACAAGCUGCUGUAAUUCCUUUACUUUUGUCUUGCAAAGAUGUAGUCGCGGAGGCAGUCACUGGAUCAGGAAAAACUUUAGCUUUUGUAGUACCCAUGUUGGAAAUGUUGAUAAAGAAAGAGAAAGAAAGCCCGCUCAGGAAAGAUUUCGUUUAUGCCAUUAUAAUAUCUCCGACGCGAGAAUUAGCAACUCAAAUCUUCGAGGUUAUCAAACAAUUUCUCCAAGAGCCUGAACUAUCGCAUAUAAUUCCAUGCUGUCUAGUCGGCGGCAGGCCGGUAGAAACAGACAUAGACAGUGUACAAAAGGGGGCGCAGAUAGUAGUGUGCACUCCGGGAAGGUUGCAGGAUUUAUUGGCGGAGAGAAAGAACCUUAAUCUGCCUGGAAGGGUUAGGGAUUUGGAGUUAUUAGUAUUGGAUGAGGCAGAUCGUCUCUUAGACCUUGGUUUCCAUGCAACCCUUACCACAAUACUGCAAUAUAUGCCACGUCAACGUCGCACCGGUUUAUUCUCCGCGACACAAACAAAAGAACUGCAGGAUUUAGUUAGAGCUGGUCUCAGAAACCCAGUACUUAUAAGUGUCAAAGAAAAAUCGACUAUCAGCACACCUAUUUUGUUAGAAAAUUACUAUGUUAUAGUUGAACCGCAGGAUAAAUUUCUGUUCUUGUUAAAUUUUAUUAGGAAUAGGAAAUUUAUGAAGGGUUUAUUCUUUUUGCCGACGUGUGCAUGUGUGGACUACUGGGCGAGUGUGUUGCCAGUUUUUUUGCCCGACUUAAAGGUAUUAGCUAUACACGGCAAAAUGAAACUGAAGAGGGCUAAAAUUCUGGAUAAGUUUCGACAGGCUGAGAGCACUAUUUUGCUGUGCACGGAUUUAAUGGCUAGGGGUUUAGACAUCCCCGAGGUAGAAUGGGUGCUCCAAUGGGAGCCUCCCACACACCCAGCGGCCAUCGUCCACAGGGCCGGUAGGGCUGCUAGAGGAGGGGCCUCCGGGUGCUCCCUAUUACCUUUAUUGGCUACGGAGGAUGCUUAUGUAGGCUUUAUAAAGGCUAAUCAGAAAGUUGAGAUGAAAGAUUGGAGACAGUCGGGCGAUGAAAUCAAGAUCGGUGAUAAGUUACGGGAAAAGGUGCUCACAAUUCUUCACGAACAACAAAGAAAAGAUCGCGCCAUUUUAGACAAGGGGCAGAGAGCUUUCGUCUCUCAUAUAAGAGCGUAUUCAAAACACGAGUGCAAUAUAUUAUUACAAUUAAAAGAAUUGCCCCUAGGGCACAUAGCAACUAGCUAUGGUCUUCUAAAACUGCCCCUAAUGCCUGAAAUAAAGGAAGAACAUAAGAAACAGUUUGUAGGCCCCAAGGAGAAGAUAGAUUUUAAUAGCAUCCCAUAUAGGGAUAAACAGAAGGAAACCAGCAGGCUGCAGAAGUUAGAAGAAUUUAAGAAGACUGGGAUUUGGCCGUCGAAGAAGAAAAAGAAGAUGACGAAAACACAGCCUUGGGAGCAAGCAAAACAGAACAAAGAAGAGAAGAAAGAAAAGCGCAAAAAGAGAAAAGAAACCAAACAGAAGAUGAUCGCAGAAGGAAAGAAGACUAAAAAGAGGAAAACAGUGACUCAAGAAGAGUUGGACGAAUUAGCUGCUGACGUGGCGUUAAUAAAGAAGCUAAAAAAACGGAAAAUUUCUAACGACCAGUUUGAUAAAGCGUUUGAAGUUGAUAAAUAAAUAUAUAAUUACAUAA